AUGCUGCUCAAGCGCAAGCGCUCCGAGUCGGAGCUCUCCAUGACCAGCACCGUCAGCAGCGCCUUCUCCUCCCCGCCGCGGCCCGACUCCAGCAUCUUCAGCUUCUCCUCCCCUUCCCCCUUCGCCCAGCCCUCGCUCUUCUCCUCCUCGUCGUCGUGCCGCGCGCCAGCGCACCUGCACUCCCGCACCCUGAAGCGCUUCCGCGACAACCGGCCCUCCGAGGCCGAAGUCCACCACCUCCUCUACUCCGGCGCCGCGGCACCACAGCAGCACCACCACCAGCCCGCGACCCCAGAAGCAUCAGACAUGGCCCCUCCGGCCCCGACGCCAGCGACGCGCACCCAGCGCUCCCUCCACAGCUUCUGGAACAUCCCCGGCUCGGCGCCCGCCCCGCCCUCCAGCUCAAUGGCGGCAUCGUCAUCAUCACAGGCGAUGCGGCAGGCCUCGCCGACGAGCUGCGAAGACUGCGGCGUGGCUCUGGGGAGCGGCAGCGCUGCUGCCGCCGCGUAUGCCGACGACGGCGCCAUGGACGUGGACGGCGAGGGGUGUAGCGAGCGGGCCGCGGAGGGCCGGAGCUGCAGCGCGUGCGGCAAGGCCGUCUGCUUCUCGUGCUCCGUGAGCAACCUCGGAGAGGAGGCGCGGUGUCUCGCCUGUGCCGGGCGCAAAGUGUGGGUUGGUGGGACUGGGUGGACCGUGGCCUCGGGCGUAUGCUGA